AUGUCAGUGCUUGAGGCAUUCAACAACCUCAACGUGGCCUCUGCCAGAGAUAUUUCUGACCAUGAAGCAAUCUUUGAAAUCUCCUACAAGUACUUGUCUCAAGCCAUGGAGUUUAACCACCCACUAUCAUUCAAAAAUUGCAUCGUCGCCUUGAUAAAGAUGGACAAAUACUAUAAAGCGGUCGACUUGAUUAACAAGACUAACUCUGGGGUUGUAAAACAGUAUCCUUUGGAAGUUGCCUAUGUUUACUACAAAGUGGGCGAUUUGGAUAAUGUGAAAUCUGUAUAUGAGACUGCAAGCGUGGGAGGUGCCGACGACACUCUUUCCAGAGCGCUCAAGCAUGUUUUGGCCCAGGCUUUGUACCAGAAGGGUGCUGUAGCCGAGUCAUUGAAAAUUUACCAUGAAUUGAUCUCGGCUCAAACAAUCGAUAGCGAGUUGGACUUGGCGUGUAAUGAAAGAGCUAUAAUUUUCCAGCUUUCUCUCAAUGAAAAUACCACAGUAAAGCCCCAGGCAAAUAUUCCAGCAUCCAAGCAGAGUUACGAUUACUUGUUCAACGAUGGCUUGAUUGCAUUGGCUAAUGGCAACAUCGUGGAGAGCUUGCAAUUGUUGGAGCAGGCCUUGGACCUCUGUAACAAGCAGAAUAACGACUGGCCAGAGGAAGAUUUGGUCUUGGAGGCUGCUCCUAUCAAGCUUUCUAUUGCAUACAUAUACCAAACAACGGGGAGGGAAGAAGAGGCAUUGGAGCUUCUAAACUCCUUUGAUGCCGUUGCCGUUUCUGACCUUUUGGUGAAGGCAGUACUAAAAACCAACUACUACUCCACAUUACCUGCCAACGAAAAUCUCAACUUGACACAGCGGUCUCUUAACUACAAGUAUCUCUUGCAUAAUUUGAGACUCAAGUUGACACGUUCUCAGUGGCGUGUCAUGUUGAAAAACCAUCUAUUACUAUCCUACCAAACCGAAUCUCUCUCGAGGUCUUCGCACUACAUUUCCAAAAGCUUUGCGAAAGAUUUUGGUAAUGAGUUCGAGGGUGACUUUUCUCCCGUGGCCUACAAUGUUCUCGUCAGGUUGCAUAUCUCCUUUGAGGAAUUCACGAAUGAGGAGACAAACAAAUCAGUUAGCAAAAAAUUAAACAGAUUUGUCACUGAAGAACUAGGAAAGAACUCAGUGACGGAGUCAGUCGUUGCAGGUGCAUUACUUUUGGCUCACCUUAACUCAAAAUUUGGGAACUUCGAUCAAUCGUUAGAGAUUUUGGAACGCAUAGUCGAGUUGGAGCUUGCCUCCGCCAAUAGUCAAACGCUUCAUGCUGGUGUCUUUGGCAUUCUCAUUCUGUUGUACGAAGUUCGCAAGCCAGGUAAGUUGGGCGCUCUCUACGACUCGUUGAUUGCUAAACUUGAAUCCAUUCACAAAAGUCAAUUAAAAGAGAAUGAUAUUUUGUAUGAUUUUUUCAAGGCCGUGGGUUUCAAGCUUCUCAAUGUCAGUCGCCAAGAUUUGGCAUCUAAGGUGUUUGACUUCCUCGCAAGUGUGAAACCAGAUGACGCAGUAAUUUCCAGUGUCCUUCUGGGCCGCACUGACAAGCUCAGGCCAAAGUCCGAAUUAGCCUCCAACACUGAUGUAUCGGAACUCCUAGACUUGAACGUUGAAGCCAUAAUUCCAAAGCAUGAAGUUAGAGCGAGAAAGACCAAGACUUCUAAGAAGUCAACCCACAGGGUCUCGAAAAAGAACAGAAAACCCAAAUUGCCAACCGCAAGAAGUAUAAAACCAGCUGAAGAAUUUGAUCCCGAGAAUGAUUUAGACAAGGAGAGAUGGCUCCCCAUGAAACUAAGGUCCUACUAUAAGCCUUCCAAGAAGGACAGAAAGAAAGCUGGCGGUCAUCAAGGCGCAUUGGAGCCAUCCCCUGCUCCACAGAGUGAGUCCAAAAAGCCGAAAAAGAAAAAGAGAGGUAGAAAAUAA